AUGAAUAUGAAAAAACGUCAAAGUACACUUCCUUUCAUCGUCACUAAAGUUCCGCUUAUAAAACGCGCCUCUCCUGAUAUCAUUCCGAUUAUUAAGAAAAGUGAUAUUCCUACUGAGGUUCCAGUUGCUAAGAAACGUACUUUUCCUUUGGCCAACUCUUUUGCUAGUCCAUUAAAUUCAUUUUCUUUGGCUAAUAACUUUGACAGUAUUAACGGUUUCGGUGGCAUUGGUUUACUUCCGUUGGCCGGUGGAUUUGGUGGAUUUGGUGGAUUUGGUGCACCCCCACUUACCGGUCUUGGUGGAUUGAAUCCUAUUGGUAUUGCUAUUUGA